ACGCUAUAUAAAGGUCGAUGUUCAUGAUACUCAUGUACAUCUGUAACAUGUAUUACAUUCACACAGAAUCUUAAUCAGAAUGGCAUAUUUAUGGCUUUUAAAUUGUUAUUCCCUUUUUGAGUAAUGUUGAGCGCAUUUUAGUCGUUGGGGAGGCCGGAAAAUGCUUCACAAUCCGCUUCAAUUUUUUUUAUUUUGCUCACUACAAAAAGUGGGGGGGGGUUCAAUAGCCCACGAAAUACCAUAGCCAAUUUGACACACGUAACGUCCGUUUCAUAACAAGGUUUUUCACUUCAACAUGUAUUUAGACCUACAGCUGUAAGCGCGGCAUCCGUGGCACAUCGAUCGAUCUUUUGACCAAUCAGUUGGCGCUACGUCGAGUUAUAGCAGAUGUUCAUCUCGUCAUUUACAUGAUAUCGAUUCUUUGAACUUCAUAAUAAGUAUUAAAAUAGCUGAGAUUUCUGCAUAUUUCUGCGCACUGACGUGAGCCACGAGUUCGGAGCGUGAUCGAUGCUACUUUAUAAAUUAAGUCUGCAACGUUUCACAUAUACAGCUGUUUUGUCAGAGUUAUUAAUGAAGGACUACAGCAAAUAUUUGCUUGGAAACUGAAAUCUGCUCCGGGCGGGUUUUUUUUUUCCACCAAUGAGUCAGAAUGGUUACUGCAGACUUUAUAACUAAACGGCAUUUCGCCGCCUACGAGGUUUCAAUGUCGGGGGAACCAGACAGCACACACGCGCCAGGAAAGGGGAAGGUGUUGGUCGCUUCAUCGGCGACCGUUCAACCCACCGACAUGAGCAACGGGAAAGGUAAGAAGCGACGUGGCCGGGUGCCGUCCUUCAUCAACCCGCUGACUGGCAGGCCAACCUCGCUUGCUCUGGCCGUUAUCAUCUUGGCCGCUGUGCUCAUCGUGUACUUGAUGAGCAGAGCCAAGGGAGGGGGUUCGGCGGAUAGCAUCGACGAGCGAGCCAAAAAUCCGAAAUUCCAGCACAUCUUGGUUCCAGCGGACGACCCGCGUGGCCUGAAUGUAGCUGAUGAAGUGAACUUUCCUCAUGUGCAGCGGCCGAAUGUCGCCGGUCAAGAUGAGGCCGUGGGCAAAGCUCUAGCCUUUCCGAAGAUCCCUCCCCCACCGGGUCGGAAGCCUCUGCCACAGGCUCCUGACGCCAACAGAAAGAAGCCCGAGUUGCCUCGUGAUCCCCCGCCGAAGCCCAAGGAGUUCCCGGUGAACGUGAUUCGUAAGCCGAACUUGCUGUGUCCAGACAAGCCCUACGUUCUGUUCCUUGUCGUGUGUUUGCCCAACGAGGUCUUGGCGAGGACGGCCGUCCGACGCACGUGGGGGGCCCCCAACGGAAUAGCCGAGGCGAAGUCGCUGGCCUUGAGUUGGAGGGCCGUCUUCGUCAUGGGGCGGACUGCUGCCAAGGACGACCAGAUCGAGCGGGAGUCGAACAACUACGGGGACAUCCUCCAGGGCGAGUUCGACGACCUGUCGUCCGAGGUGACCCGGAAGGUCAUGCUGGGGUUCCAGUGGUCGGACAAAGACAUCCCCGAUUCCUGCCGGCCCCUCUACGUCUUCAAGACCAACAUCAGGGUUUACAUCAACCUGCCCUUGAUUGUGCCGUGGAUCCAGGACAAGCUGAAAAUGGCGUCGAACCUGUACGUAGGGAAGAUGCUCCGGGAGGACCGCCCGAUCCGUGACACGCAGGACCCGCUGUAUGUGCCCAACCAAGACUACCCGGGCAACGUGUUCCCCAAUCUGGCCCGAGGACCGCUCUACAUGCUCUCCAUGGAUGUCGUCCAGAGGAUGGUGCCCCAUUUCGGCUCGGUCACCCCUAUCGCAAUGGAGGACGCCUACGUGGGCGUCCUAGCCAACUACGUGGGCGCGCCCAUCACCAACGACGACCACUUCGUCUUGCUCAAGAAGCCGAAGAACUUUUGCCACUACCGGCACAUGAUGUUCGUCUUCGACAUCGAGCCCACGGAGCUGGUCCAUGUGUACAAGGUGGUCGAGGAGAAACACAGGUACUCUGAAUGCACCGACAGGGGAUUCUAACACCGGCACAAAGUCGACUGAUUUGUGGCUUGGACUUGUACACUUAGUCGUGUUAAGACUUCAUACGACAGUGUCAGACUGUGGUGCUCGUAUCUCUGAGAAAGUCACUUUGCUCCAUCUGCUUCUCAACCCACCCAGGGGCAAACUGUGAAAAUGGGUAGAACAAAUUGGUUUGUUUAUUACUGCCCAGUGUUUCACUAUAACUUAUGCGAUUUGGGCAGUCUUUGGCCAGACGAACAGGAGUCUAAAAUACAUUGAUUUGUCAGUAGCUGCGUUGUACACUGUGUUAUAUCAUUAUCCACUCAUAUUACUGUAAUUAAAAUAUGCACCUCACCAGUAAAUGUGUGUCCAGCUCGAAGUAGGUGUGUUUUGGACCCCAUGGGUGCUUGAGCUCACUCUUAAAGAUCCCUUGCGCUCAAAGUCACAUUUCACACGAUCGUUCUCUGAAGAUUGCUGUCUUUUUAGGCCUCUCCACUUUUGCGUAAAAAUGUCAAACUACUAAAUACCGGUAUAAAUCGCAGAGAGCAGAGGGGAGACAUGUGCAUAAAAGGAGUAUUAUAUAUAGUCUUAAAUUUGGGUUUGGGCAAAGGCAUUCGUGCGCCACGUUCAGGCUCAACAGCAACAGUGCCUGUUUCGGAAAUUGAACAAUAUCAACGAUGGUGGAUCGAAGAGGUCCGCUGAAAAUCACUGUCGUCACUGUAAACGAUUUACUCGAACGCUCUCUGCGACUAGAGAGGGCUAGCGAGAGGGAAAAAAUGAAACUGAGACCAAUGUAUGUGAUAAACGUCUCAACAUGUUCUGAAGAUUGUUAUAAAGGGCAAUGGCAUUGUGUACAAAACACGUAGGGCGAUCAACUGGUGAAAUCAACAUUUAAUUUCGUAUGGAAUACUCUGAAAACAGCUGUCGUUUCACAUGGUUGUUAUGAAACAUAGGUUUUAAAAGCCGUUUAGAAGCUUAUCGGAAAAAAGUUUGAGGUCCCUUUUAUAAACAAGUCACGAGAGAUAAUCAGUUUCAUGGUUUAUACUUGUGUCUAAACCUGACUGAUCACAUCAGCUGGAGCGUGGUACACUUAGCAGAAAUUUGAAAAUCAUGGUUUAUUCUUGAAAGCUUUGACUUUCAAAUGCCACAUUUUACACAAUAGACAGGGAAUCUGUUUGUAAGUUGGGAAUCAUUCUUUAAAAAAUCAAUCGAUGCACUGCCACAUAUUUUAAGCGCGACUAGUGUACAUUGUCAUCUGGACCUAUGAUGCAGUGGGAACGUCAGUUUUCCACGGAGUCGUUAAGCACCAGAAAUAUGCUAAUGCAAAAGUUCUACCAUUCGACAUUACAUGUAUGUUUUAAGGAGCCCCGUGCCAUGUGAAAAUGAUGGGUGUGCAAAAAGAUGCGGUGAAAAGUGUUUUCAGUGCUGGGUUACUCAUCGAAACCCUUUGAUGCAAACCUAUGGGACAGAGCCCCCCCCCCGCCUUUGUGUUGGUCAUUGUUAUACUGGUAUCUCGAGAGUUCU